GCCAUCUUCUCUUCUAUUCUUUUCCGAGAUUUUAUUUGGGAAUAUCUUUGGUUUUUUGUUUCUUUGUUUCAGGAGUGAGUGGCCUCGGAGGAUUCGGCCGGCUGGGCUAGGGUUUUGGCAUCUCCGAGCGUCAAGGGUGUUCCGUUCCGUGUCCCGCGCCAGGAUUUUCAGUUAUCAUGUCAUCAUUCCCUGUGCUGAAGAAUCGACCCAUCGAUCAAUGGAAAGUUACUGAGUUGAAGGAUGAACUUCGAAAGAGGAGGCUCCCUGUAAAAGGUCUGAAAGAAGAACUUGUGAGGCGUCUCUUUGAAUCUAUUCAGAGUGAAGAGGCAUCUGACGAAUCUGCUGAAGACGUCGGAGCCAAUGAAGGCGCACCCAUUGGUAAAGAUGCGAAAGAUGUGGGGGCGAAUGGACCGUCUGAUCAAGCACCUGAAGAACAUACUGCUAGUCAGAAAACUGCAGUUUCUGCUACAGAAGUUGGUCAGGAAACUAGGGUUCAUGCAACUCAGGAAACUGCAGUUCCUCUCCCAGAAGUUACUCAGGAAAUUAUGGCUUCGUCUGUGGAACAGUCCCCCGGGGAUAAUGUAGUGGCAAACCAUGAAUCCCUGUCAAAAGAAGCCCCAACAGAAAAAGGAGAUCAGCCAGAAGCAGUUGCUGGAGAAAAUUCUACAGUACAAGCAGGGCACCAGCACUCUGAAAGCAAUAAGAUGCACAUUGAGGAGACACCAGAGGUUGUCACCAAUGGAACAACUGUUGUCGCUGAUGUGACCAGUGCUGAUCUCAAGUCGGACCUGAUCUCUUCUGAAGCCAAGUCAGAUACUGCUGAAGCUAGCAAAACUGAUAAACAUGACACAUUACCAAAACCUGUGGAUGCCCAAAUACCAGAUGCUGAUCCUAUGGAAACUGAUGUUGCAGCUGCAUCAAUGAACAAUGAUGGGGAGAGGUUUGUUCCUGAGAAUGAUUUGGGCGACAAUACAUGGAUCGAUAAUGAAGUGUGCAGUUCUAACCUCAUGAAUGAGGAUCACAAGCCCAUUGUAUCAAAAUCAAAUAAUCAGGUACCUGAGGUUUGCCCAGAUCUAGGGUCUCCAAUUAAGUGUGAGUCAAUUUCUAGUGAUGAUAUAUCAAAUACCAAAAAGAAUAUAAAGGAUAACUUGAAUGCUAAUAAUUUUGAUUUAGAACUAGAGGUUAAGCCAGAUAUGGUCAAACCAUCAUCCGGCAUUACUUCCUUAGGUGGAGAAUUGCAGCCAUUGGAUGAUGACAAAGAGUUGGUCAAGAACCAGUUCUCUUUGGAAGACACAGAUUCCACUGCCAACGUGGAUGAAGUUGGCUCUCCAGAGAAACUAAAUUUAGACAGGAGUUCAGGUGAUGAGUCAAUGGAGGAUGAUGUUAUGGAGAUUAAGCAACUUGAUUUCAGUGUUAAAUAUGAUGAUCUCAGAGGAAAGACUGAGCCUAACUCAGAAUACGUGAAAGAGGUGUCUCUUCCUGAUUCUGUUGUCAAGAGCUCCUCUGCUGAUACAAAGGAAGUUAUAGCUGAAGAAAAUCCAUCAGCUUCAACUGAAAAGAGAAAAUUUCAAGCUCAAGAAACUGUUGCAAACACUGAGCCAAUCAAACGUCAGCGUCGAUGGGCUGCAGAUAGUGGCAAUGUUCCAGAAAGACAACCAUUGAGUCAAAGUGGUUCUGAUGCUCGUAAGGAUAUUCUCCAGCCUGCCUUAAAACGUUCUCUUGGCAGGUCUGAUUCAACAGCAAGUGGAGAUUCUCCAAAGGAGAGGAUUGUGCCACCAUCUCAGAAAUCUGCAACAACUUCCUUGAGAAUCGACCGGUUUGUACGCCCAUUUACCCUGAGAGCUGUGCAAGAGCUUCUUGGUAAAACUGGAUCUGUUUGUAGCUUCUGGAUGGAUCAUAUCAAGACCCACUGCUAUGUUACAUUCUCCUCGGUGGAGGAAGCUACAGCUACUCGUGAUGCUGUCUACAACCUGCAGUGGCCCCCGAACAAUGGCAAUUAUCUGUUAGCUGAAUUUGUUGAUCCCCAGGAAGUGAAACUCAAGCUUGAACCCCCUCCCCCUCCCCCAGCAGCAACAGCAGCGGCGGUUCCUAUUAGCCCAGCCACUACACCAAGGGAGGCUCCUUUUCAGCAAGGUCAGGCAAAUCAAAGUGUGCCUUGCCAAGCUGCUGCUACACCAAGGGAGCAAUUGCCGCCUCCACCACCCCUUGUGAAGCCUCCUACAUCUGAUCCAAGGGAGAAGCUCCCACCCACCCCAAAGAAGGCAGAACCUCCUGUGGUGACACUUGAUGAUCUCUUCAGAAAGACACAAUCCUCUCCAAGGAUUUACUAUCUGCCUUUAUCAGAUGAGGAGGUGUCAGCCAAGCUUGCUGCACAGGGCAAAGCAAAUUAGUCAGUGGCCUCGUGCUUUUGUUUCGCGGUAUGUAGAAGCAGCAGCAUGUAUUUUCUGGAAAGACUGGUUUUAUCUCCUUUAAGAUUGUAUAAUGUUGUCUGCUUUUUUCUUAAAAAAGAUUGUAUGUCCUCUGACCCGAGUUGUUUCGGAGUACUGAGAUACUGGUUUUAGUUAGAACAUCCUGGUAACUUUACUGGUUUAGUAGUGAAUAAACAUUCAGGAGAAUGCUUAUUCGUGUUACAUUUGCGUUCUGCCUCGAUGUGCUUGGGUGCUGCUGGCCCUCUUUAUAAGAAUCAAAGUUUCUCCCUUGA